CUGGCAAAUCAAACAAUUGUCAUCAGCUCAUCCACACAACAACUCAAAUCGUAAGCGAUUGAUCGAAAGAUGAAUCGCUUCAAAUUUUUUAGAAGAUAUUAGUAAAUUUAGUAACCCUUUAGUUUGUCAAUCGAAAAAAAUUUAAAUUUUCAACUAAUAAUCAUUCCUGGGACAAUUUAUCAGUAUGGAGAGAUUUGUCUUUGUCCAGCAGAAAAUUUUAGACGCCGGCCAAUCACUUAACAAAUUAAUAUUCGCUGUGUCAAACAUACCCGAUUUUUUCAACUCUUUUGAAUUUGCACUGGCGAAAUCAAACUUCUUGGAUAAUGUGGCAAGUAUAAUGGGCAACAUAUACGAACUGAGAAGCAGUACAAGACUAAAGAUUGACCUAUGGAAAUUACACCAGCAGCGUCAAGCAGACGGUGUCCUCACAAACUGGACGGAAGGAAUUGUCCCCAAUUUAAUGGAAAUUACACAAGAAUUUGAAAUGUUGGCCGAUUUAAUUUCGACGACAAGGUCACAGAUUGAAAAGUUUGUUGGAAUUGUGGGCGGGCAAGACUCUCGGGGGUCAGACUUGCUAACAGGGCUCAGUUGGUUACUAGCUAAUGUUGCAAAUGAUAUGGCAAUCGUCGAAGUUCAACCGUGGCAGCUCAUCAAACCCCAACAAAAAUUGAAGAGAACUCCUAAAUUUACAUUAUUGCUCAGAAACAACAACAUCAUCCCUACCCAGCCUGUAAAAGCCACAUUGAUAAGCUCGACCCAAGCGAGGUCGCUUUUUAUGACUCCGACGUGUCCAAUUACUCCUGGAUUGAUAUUACUCAACAACGAAGCACAGUUUGUACAGGAAGAUAACUCUGGAAGGCUGUGUGCCACAUUUUCAAAUUUGAAACUGAAAUCGAUCGUUGGGAGAGUUCAAGGAGGUGGAGAUUUAGUGACGAAGGAGAAAUAUUGUAUUUUAUUUGAGACUGUGGUUCACUUUAGGGGUGUCAAUGUACAAAUUCGUACGAUUAGCCUUCCCAUGUCCGUCCAGAGCAACAUAUCGCAGGACAGAACCGGACUUGCAGUAAUUAUUUGGGACAAUGCGUUCGCCAAAAUGGGACGGCUUCCUUUUGAAGUUCCAUCCGAAAUUGAAUGGGUCAAGUUGGCAGACGCAAUUUCUAACAAGUUUCUCAGCAUGGGGGGACGAAAGUUGAGUGACGACGAUUUGCAAUUUCUCUUCCGUUUGGCGAACCUUGACCCGGCAGGAAAUGGGAUGAUUAGUUGCAAACAAUUUUGCCAAGAUUUGCUACCUGAGAGACAAUUUUCACUAUGGGAUUGGAUUUAUGCUACAUUACGACUUAUUUCCAAAGAUGUCCACAUCAGAAAAAUGUGGGAGGAAGGACAUUUGAUGGGAUGCAUUGAACGGGACAAAGCAGAGGGACUACUCAGUCGCUGUGAACCUGGCAUGUUCCUUUUACGCUUUAGCGAGUCUGUUCCAGGUGCAAUUUCCAUCUCGUCAAAACUAGUCGUCAAAAAUCAAAUCGUAGUCGUGUCAACGGAUCCCAUGAAUUUGAACCAACUCAGAGUGACACCAAUACCCAAAGUGGUCAUGGAAUUGGACGCUCUGAAGUGGAUUUAUCCUGCAAUUCCGAAGAGCAAUGUUUUCGAAAAUUAUAAUCCAACUAGUUUUCCAACGAGUACAAGUAAAUCAGUGAUUCCUUACAAGAAGAUCAAGAUUAUCAUUGACACCACUGACGAUAAUGAUGAGCCUGAAAUGACUCGACUUGGUUUGUCUACGGGACUUGAUAAUAUUUUGUCCACAGACUUGGAAACUUCUUGGUCACGAGACACGCAUUGUGGUAUUGGCCCGAUUAGUUUUCAAGAAAAUUGUUCUCCUCCAACUUCGCAAGCUCUCCAACUCUUGGAAAUAGAUGAUUCUCUUGCGGCAUGCAUUUCGAAUCACUUGGAUAUGGAAACUAGUUAUGACCUAUUGGAGAGCUUUUUAAAUUAUUGAACGUUAUAAAAAAAGACUUGAUUAAAUAAACGUAUUUUUUAUCGUAAGUAAGGUUAGCCUAGUAAUUUGCUGAUAUUUGUGCAUGUAUCAAUGUAUAAAAUAAUUCCAUGCAAAUCCUAAUAAUUUAGAAUUAUGGUGCAAUUUUUAAAUAAAUGUAAUCAAAGAAAUCGUG